CCCCCCCUCCUGCUCAGCCUAUGGAGGAAUUAAUGAUUUUCUCCUCUCUGUCUCCUCCUCCGCUGCUACUGCUGCGUCCAUUAUUACUUGAAGAACCGAGGAACCGCAGCGGGACACGGCGACAACAGCAGGCCGAGCAGGAGGGCCGGACCGCCGGGCAGGAGCGGAGGAUGAGAGACGCCGCCGGGACGGAGAGCCGACCGGAGCCGCUGCCGCUGAGACCCGGAGGAGGCGACAUGACUGCGGAAUAAACAGGCGAGAGGACGCCGCUGCGCCCGUCGCGGCUCACAGUCAGGAUGUCUGGGCCGGGUCCGGGUCCGGGGCCGGGUCCGGGGCCGGGGCCGGAGCUGCCGGACCUGAGCCACCUGACGGAGGAGGAGCGGAGCAUCAUCCUGUCGGUGAUGGAGAGGCAGAAGAAGGAGGAGGAGAAGGAGCAGAGCAUGCUCAAGAAGUUGCAUCAGCAGUUUGAGCUCUAUAAGGACCAGGUGAAGAAGCUGGGGGAGGAGCCUCAGGCGGCUCAGACCACGAGGGCGGAGUCUCCCACCUGCGGCAUUUGUCGCAAGACCAAGUUCGCCAACGGCUGCGGCCGCGCCUGCUGCUACUGUCAGAGCCGCUUCUGUGCCCGCUGCGGGGGGCGUGUCCCUCUGAGAGCCAAUAAGGUGAUGUGGGUUUGUAACGUCUGCAGGAGGAAGCAGGAGAUUCUCACUCGGUCGGGGGAGUUUUACUCCAACGCGCCGCUGCUGUCCGUCAACCACAGCUCACACGGGGUUCCAUACCCACCGACACAGGGGCCGCCGGGGGCCACGGGGCCUCUGAGCAACGGAGCCACCGAGCGGAAGCUGAGCCCCUCGGGGUCAUAUUACGAUGGUGGGGGGGGCAGGAUGCCUCGCUCGCCCUCUGAUCACGGUCCGGACCGCCGCGCUCACUCACCACAUGGCUACCAUGGUAACGGGGAGGAGGAGCUGCGGAGCCGAAUGCGACCAAUCAGAGACGGACGAGGUCGCUGGCACUCACAGGACCACCCUCUGGACCAGGUUCAGGAUGAGCGCGAGAGGCGGCGGCGGCAGGAGGAGGAGUUUCAGGCUCGUUACCGUAGCGACCCGAACCUGGCUCGUUACCCGGUGAAGCCGCAGCCAAGCGAGGAGGCCAUGAGGAUGUUGGCUCAGGUUGGCAGGGUCCGCCACCAACGCCGCCACAGCGACGUCUCCCUGGCAACCGCUGAGCCCGACCAUCUGACUUUGAGACAUACAGCUCUCCGUAAGAAUCGGCUGCAGGGAUUGGUCGGAUCUGUGGACCGGGCAGCCAAUCAUGUCAGCCCCACGUCUCCUCGACGCAGCCCAUUACCUCAGCAACACCUGGACCCCAGCUCCGCCCUCAAGAGGAAGCCAGCCUAUGAGAGCGCAGCACAGAGGGCGCGGAGGAUGGGGAAGAUGCACGUGACUGGUAGCUUCAGCAGCUCAGAGGAGGAACUAGUGACCACACCCGAGUACACCAGCUGUGACGAACCUGACAGAGACAUGGACAGCCAAUGGUGGGAUCAUAGUUCCUGGCACGGCGAGCCUGGGCCCAUGUCUAUGCAACCAGUCACAUGGCAACCGUCCAAGGAUGGAGAGCGCCUGAUUGGUCGAAUUCUGCUGAAUAAGAGGAUGAAGGAUGGGACGGUUCCCGCGGAUACGGGAGCGCUGCUGGGACUCAAGGUGGUUGGGGGGAAGAUGACGGAGUCCGGCCGUCUCUGUGCGUUCAUCACUAAGGUGAAGAAAGGAAGUCUGGCUGACACUGUGGGACACCUGAGACCAGGCGAUCAGGUUCUGGAGUGGAACGGUCGGGUUCUUCAGGGAGCCUCGUUUAGUGAAGUUUACAACAUCAUCCUGGAGUCCAAACCAGAACCACAGGUGGAGCUGGUGGUGUCCCGACCAGUCGGAGAUGUUUCCAGAGCAGCAGACAGCUCCCACGUCCAGCUGGACUCCAGUUCCAGCUCCUUCGACUCUCAGAAAGUUGGUCCGUCCAUCUCCGUCACGUCUCCCAUGAGCCCCAGCGUUCUAUCAGGACAGGUCUCUACAGUGAACAGGCGUCCUCUGGUUCCCAGAAUUCAGGUGAAGCUGUGGUACGAUAAAGUCGGUCAUCAGCUGAUUGCCACCAUUCUCGGAGCCAAAGAACUUCCUGUCCGAGAUGACGGCCGACCGAGGAACCCCUACGUCAAGAUCUACUUCCUGCCAGACAGAAGUGAUAAGAGUAAGCGGAGGACGAAGACGGUGAAGAAGUCGGUGGCACCUCGGUGGAACCAGACCUUCAUGUACUCUCCGGUCCACCAGCGGGAGUUCAGAGAACGGAUGUUGGAGCUGACGGUCUGGGAUCAGGCCCGAGUCCGAGAGGAGGAGAGCCAGUUCCUGGGAGAGGUGCUGAUAGAGUUGGAGUCUGCUCUGUUGGACGAUCAGCCUCACUGGUACAAACUGCAGCUUCAUGAUGUUUCCUCUCUGCCGCUGCCCAGCGCCUCCCCCUACCUGCAGAGGAGAGGACUGCAGCCCGAAGACUCUCCGAGCAGCAGGAGGCUGCAGAACAAAGGUCCUUACUAUAACUCAGGGUCUCAGAGGAUCAGUGACAGUGAGUUUUCAGAUUACGACUGUGAAGACGGCAUCGGGGUGAUAUCAGACUACAGACAGAAUGGGCGGGACUUCCACAGCUCAACCCUCUCAGUGCCAGAGCAGGUGAUGUCGUCCAAUCACUGCUCUCGAUCCGAUGUGGUCAGGAUGAGGUCACGGUCGCCGAGCCAACCGCCUCUUCAGAGUGGUAACCCUCUGUACCCGUUGUACCGGGAAGAUGCGGUGCGGCUGCUGCGAGGCUCCAAACUGAGCCGAGCGUACUCUGACGCCGGCCAGUACAGCAGCCUGGACAGGAGAUCACUGAGGAGAAUGUCUGUUGCCAACUCGCUCGAUUCCCACGACAGAUAUUUUAACGGGCCUAACCAAACUCCCUGGACAGCCCACAUGAUUAAUGGGACCUGUGAGGACUACAGUCAGGACUUCAUUCCUGACUUCCCCUACGAACCCGACGCCUACGACGAGGAACUUCUGAGGUACAGUCGGGGGAUGGACCGGCGGGAUUAUUACAGUCGCUCUCGCUCAGCUGACCUCCGAGCGAUGGCAGACCGACCCGUCUACACGCGCUCGCACUCCACCGACCGAGCUGACUCCGCCCACCUGAGGUCUGGACGCUCCGCCCCCCCCUCACCUGCCCCGACCAGGGCGAACCCACGAGGCGGAUCGACCCAGACGAGUCCAUCAGGAACGCCGGUCUGCAGCCGCAGAGGACGCCAGCUGCCUAUUGUCCCGCCCAAAGGAACUCUAGACAGAAAUGGAGGAGAACCCUCUGACACUGUGCACACAGUUUUGGCCACGCCCACCCAAGGAGCACCAACUGCAGCUGUAGCUCCUCCCACUCUACAUCAUCAGGCCCCUCCCCCUGUCUACAAACAAGCCCCUCAACCACCUCCUCUGAUACGAAUUCAAGCCCCGCCUCCUUCUGGACCCGCCCAACCCCAUCCACAUCCUGCACCUGCACCUCUAGCAGCACCUGCCCCAGCCCCUGUCCAAGUCCAAGCCCCGCCCCUGGCACCAGCACCAGCCCAAGCCAUGGCCCCAACUCCUGUCCAAGUUCAAGCCCCGCCCCUGGCACCAGCCCCAGCCCCAGCUCCUGUCCAAGUCCAAGUCCCGCCCCUGGCACCAGCAUCAGCCCAAACCCCGGCCCCAGCUCCUGUCCAAGUCCAAGCCCCGCCCCUGGCACCAGCACCAGCCCAAGCCCCAACCCCAGCUCCUGUACCUGCCCCAAUGGCUGCCCAAGCCCCGCCCCAUGCACCCACACCUGCUCCAGCCCCACCCCUAGCUUCUGCCCUGCCCCCAGCUCCUGUAGUCCAAUCACAGCCGUGUCCUGAACCCACCCUUCCCCCUGCACCUGCUCCAACGCCUGUCAUGACACCUACCCCUGCCCCCUCACCUGUACCGCCCCCACAGACUCCAGAACCAGACAGACGCUCAGCAACACCUGGAGGGACCAGAAAAGGCAAGUCAGAAUCUCAGGUGGAUCUGAUGAUGUGUUCAGAGGUCACAUGGGAGGACCAGCAGAAGAAAACAGCCAAUGGUAUGGUACCACCUGUUGGCCACACCCACCCCCAGACAGGAGAGGAUUUACCACCGAGCACAGAAGGUGUGAUGAGGGAUCCAUCAAAGAUGAGGGACAGUCUGUUCUUUAAAUCAUCAGACAGUGAUGUCAGCGAAGUGUCGGCCAUGUCCAACGACACCCGAUCAGUCUGUAGGAUCAGUCGGGCGGAGGCUCUACAGGGUCAAUCAGUGGAGUUGGGGUCGGGGUCAGAGGGAACACAGGAAGUAGCAGGGGCUUCAAAGGCCGGAGCCAUGCUGCAGAAGAGCGAAUCAGUGGAGGAAGGAGAGGAGGAGGAGCCUGAGCCUUCAAAGUUGGUGUCCGCAGCUCCUCUCACAAAGUCGUCAAGUGUUGGUGGAGAGAUUUGUUCGUUGGGGAGAAACGACGAUGACGAUGACGACAAGAAGCGGCGCUCCAGCUUCGGAGCUAAGAUGAUGGGAAUGGUUGGACUGGGUAAGAAGAGUCAGAGUGCCUCCCAGCUCAACCCCGAGGAGGAGGAGAAGAAGAAGAAGGUGGUGAGACUUCCUGUCCAGAGGAGUGUAGAAACCGGUUUGGCCAUCGAGUUUAAAUCUCGUUUCACCCGACAGUUGAGCCGCGACCCGGACGCCGAGGAACCCAAACCUGGAGCUCUAAUAUUUCCAGGAGUGAAGUUGGCGUCAGACAAACAGUUCACCGGCUUCCUGGAGGGAUUAGGCCCCGCCCAGCUCGCUGGACGGCAGACUCUGGCCACGCCCCCUAUGGGUGAUAUCCAGAUCGGGAUGGUGUAUAGGAAGGAGCGUCUGGACGUCGAGGUGAUCCGAGCCCGGGGGCUUGUGGGUAAACAAGGCAACAAGAACACUCCAGCUCCGUAUGUGAAGGUGUAUCUGAUGGAUAACGGGAAGUGUGUGCUGAAGAGAAGAACUCGUCUGGCGAGAAAAACACUCGACCCUCUUUAUCAACAACAGCUGCAGUUUGAAGAAAACCCAGAAGGAAAAGUACUGCAGAUUAUUGUGUGGGGCGACUACGGUCGGAUGGAUCAUAAAUCCUUCAUGGGCGCCGCUCAGAUCCUAUUGGACGAUCUGGACCUUUCCAACAUGGUGAUUGGCUGGUUUAAACUGUUUCCUGCCACGUCAUUGGUGGACCCCGCCUUGGCCCCACUGACCAAUAAGGAGACAGAGGGCAGCAAGUCAUAGCGUCAGGAGACGAGACAAACUGUAUCACCAUAGCAACGGGGCAGGAGGGAGAAACAGGAUGUGUUGCCAAGCGGAGCCUAAAAACAAAGUCCCAUGAUCCUCCUCUGCUGCUGCAUGCUGCAUGAUGACAUCAGAGCUAUGAUGUAACAGCGUCACAGUGAUGUCACUGGGAGGAGAGAGGCUUCGUUCCCGUCGCUAUAACAGGAAAUGACCCUUCCAGUGAGGGCGAGGCCACACAGCAAAGGAUGCUGGGAAAAUAAAGAAGCGGCCAUGUGACCUCCAGCUGCCAGCCAAUCACAGCAGCGCCUCAGGAGUCAUGUGACUGUUAGAGGCAUGUUCAGAAACCAUAGACUGAUAGUUUCCAUGGAGACACAGAAACAUGGAGGUCUGGUUCUUUAUGUUUUUGCAUGGAACAUUAGAACAUAAAAAAUAACUGUGAAAAAAAAUAAAAUGCUCACCAGUCA